AUGCUGCUGCUGCCGCGGAAGUGGCCGGGCUGGCCGCCGUCGGCGCUGCGGCUGCCGCAGAGGUUCCUUUUCCUGCUCUUCCUCUCGGGCCUGCUCACGCUCUGCUUCGGCGCCCUCUUCUUGCUGCCCGACAACUCCCGCGUCAAGCGCCUCUUCUUGCCCCGCCGCGGCGGAGCCGAGCUGGAAGCGCCCCGCAGCCCCCCGCCGGGAGCCGGCCUGGCCCGCCACCUGCCCGCCAACGCCAGCCCGCCCGCGCCGCCGCCGCAGCCGCUCUCCCGCCGCCUCCGGGACCCCGCCGAGCUCCCGCCCGGCGCGCACUCGGAUCCGGCCUCCCGACGGACCCGCCCGCCGCGCCUCCCGCCCGGCGAGCAAAGCGCCUCGGCGCCCCCCUUGCAGCAGACGCGCGCCCCGUUCCGAUUCGACUACGCGGCGUUCCGGCAGCGCCUCCGCCACCCGCUGCUGGGCGGCAGCAGAGGCGGCGGCACCGAGGAGCCCGACACCCGCGCCCGGCGGCUGAAGAUCAAGGAGAUGAUGAAGUUUGCUUGGGAUAACUACAAGCAAUAUGCCUUGGGGAAAAAUGAACUGAGACCUCUCACUAGAAAUGGACAUAUCGGGAACAUGUUUGGAGGCCUCCGGGGUGCCACCGUGGUGGACGCUUUGGAUACCUUGUACGUCAUGGAGCUGCAGGAGGAAUUCCAGGAAGCCAAAGAUUGGGUGGAGAAGAGCUUUGACUUGAAUGUGAACGGGGAAGCUUCUUUAUUCGAGGUGAACAUCCGCUACGUUGGAGGACUUCUGUCCGCAUAUUACCUGACGGGCGAAGAGGUCUUCAAGAGCAAAGCUCUAGAACUUGGAGAGAAACUUCUCCCGGCUUUUGACACACCAACAGGAAUCCCACGGGGGGUCAUCAACCUGGGCAGCUGGAGCUGGGGAUGGGCAUCAGCGGGAAGCAGCAUUUUAGCUGAAUUCGGGAGCCUCCACUUAGAGUUUAUGCACCUUUCAGAACUGUCUGGAAAUUCCAUAUAUGCUGAAAAA